CUAUCCUUUGCCCGGCGCCCCCGGCCAUCCCCAACGGCGACUUCAUCGGCGGCUCGGACAGCUUCUCCCAGGGGUCGGUGGUGAGGUACCGCUGCCGCGCCGGGCGCGGCGGGGAGAAGCUGUUUGACCUCGUGGGGAACGCGUCCAUCUACUGCACCAGCCGGGACAACCGGGUGGGGGUGUGGAGCGGCCCCGCGCCCCGCUGCGCGCCUCUGGUGCGCUGCCCCUUUCCCGAGGUCGAGAACGGGGUGGUGCAGGCGGGGUCCAGACGCCCCUUCUCCUUGAGCCACGCGGUGGUGGUCACCUGCGCGCCGGGCUUCAGCUUGCGGGGCAGCGGCGUCGCGCGGUGCCAAGCGGACGGCAGCUGGGAGCCCCCGCUGCCCACGUGCGUCCAGGAUGUCCCGCUGGAGUGCCCCCCGCUGCCCGCCGUUCCCCACGGACGCCACUCGGCGCAGGGCGUGGGCACCUUCGUCCCGGGGCUGGCCGUGACCUACAGCUGCGACCCCGGCUUCCUGCCCAACGGCAGCGCCACCGUCCGCUGCCUGUCCUCGGGGCACUGGAGCGACGCCCCCCCCACGUGCCAAGAGGCGCAGUGUCCACCCCCGGGCCCGUUCCCCCACGGGCAGGUUGAGGGGCCCCGCAGCCGCAGAGUGGGAGACACCAUGACCUUCAGCUGCAGCCCGGGGUACUGGCUGCAGGGCCAGCCGUCCAGCCAGUGCGUGAUGGCCGGGCAGCAGGCCACGUGGACCAGGAUGCCUGCGCCACACGCCUACAACGACAGUGUGACGGUGCAGUGUGAGCCGGGGUUCACGCUGAGGGGCAGCGCGCGCCUCCGCUGCAAAGCUGACGGCUCCUGGGACCCCGAAGUCCCCGCCUGUGAGAAAGGCUGCGGGCCACCGGCCAGGCCCCGCCACGGCCAGCACACGGGCGAGGGGCGGACGCUGUUUGUCCCCGGGGCUCUGGUGGACUACAGCUGCAGCCCCGGCUACUCGCUCGUGGGCAGCGCGUCCAGCCGCUGCUCGCCGUCGGGGGCCUGGACCCCUCCCGCCCCUCAGUGUGAAGAGACUCCGUGCCUACCCGUGGGGGACGAGCUGCAGGACGCGCCCGCGGGCGCCCACGUGGUGGCGGCCAACACCUCCUGCCCAGACGGCCACGGGCGGCCCACGGGGGCGCAGAGGGGGCCUUUCCUGUACAGCCACGAGGUCACCUACGCCUGCGAGCCGGGCUUCUCGCUCGUGGGGGUGCAGACGCUGCGCUGCGGCCGCGGCGUGGGGGGCCUGGGCUCCUGGAGCGGCUCCCCGCCUCGGUGCGAGGCCCCCAGGCCGCCGCACUGCCCGGCCCCGGAGGUGAGGCAUGGCCAGGCGCUGGGCCGGGCAGGGCCCCCCCACCUGGUGGGCGACACCGUGCACGUCACCUGCGACCCCGGCUUCGUCAUGAACGGCAGCCGUGAGAUCCAGUGCCUCAGCGACCGUGCGGGGCGCCCCGCGUGGGUGCCGGGGGUGCCCUCGUGCAUGAAGAAGGGCCUGUCCGCCGGCUUCGUCCUCCUCAUUUGCUUGAUCGGCGUCGCCUUACGCAAGGCCAUGAAGCGCCGAGAGCG